AUGGUUUGUUGUCUUAAUCAUCAUUUUGAUUUGUAUAGCGGGAGUGCUUGAGUAUUCAUAUCGGCCAGGCUGGACUGCAGAUUGGCAAUGCGUGUUGGGAACUGUACUGCCUAGAACAUGGACUCGAUCACGAGGGGCGGCUUCAGGAGACCCAGACCGAGAACGAUUCUCUAUCGACGUUUUUUCAUGAAACGGGCAACGGCAAAUUCGUCCCACGAUCGGUCUUCAUAGAUCUUGAGCCAACAGUCGUAGGUGAGUAAUUUUUCCCCAUCAACGUCUUUACGCGCGUUUGAAUAUGUACAGAAUUUGUUUCUCCUGAAACAUCAACAUAAGCUAACGCAGAUACGGGCUUCUUUUUUGUAAAAGAUUUUAUGACAGUAAUUUAUUGAGAGGCGUUCAUUUACUCGCAUAUGCCAGCCAGGGCUGUACAAUUAACCCAAGUUUAGUUUUUGAGGCUGAUGCUUAUCCUGUCGGCCAGUACUGCCUUGAACGGCGGACGUCAUCGCCUGCCCCGAAACUGGAACUGACAUUUUCAUUACUAGAAUACUCGGAUCGGCCCUCUGGCUCAGUUAACUGAAUCAGAGCGGUUAGACAACAACUGGCCGCAGUGCAUCACUAAAGUCUAUCUUGCACAUGUUUGCCUUCUGUAUCCAUGGUACCUGCCUUGUUGCCGGCAAAAACAAGUUUGUCGCGUAUAUUCUAAAUUCAUUCUAAUAUCUCUAUUUCAGACGAGAUUCGGACAGGCCCGUAUGGAAAGCUUUUCCAUCCGGAGCAAAUGAUAAGCGGCAAAGAAGACGCUGCAAAUAACUACGCGCGGGGCCACUAUACAAUGGGUCGUGGCAUUAUCGAUAACGUCAUUGAUCGCGUUCAGAAACUCUCCGAACAAUGUUCGAGUCUUCAGGGGUUUCUUAUUUUCCAUUCCUUCGGAGGCGGUACUGGUUCUGGCUUUUCAGCCCUUCUGAUGCAACGACUUGCAAUUGAUUUCCGGAAGAAAGUGAAGUUAGACUUCGCUGUCUAUCCUGCUCCGCAAGUCUCGACAGCGGUCGUCGAACCAUACAAUUCAAUCUUAACAACGCACAGUACACUGGAUCAUUCAGACUGCACGUUUCUGGUUGAUAACGAAGCGAUAUAUUACAUCUCAAAGUUUGUUUUAACCCUAAUUAAUAUCUGCUUUUAGACGCGGACUUGGUAUUGACCGACCGUGCUACUCAAAUCUGAACCGCCUUAUCGCUCCCGUGGUUAGCGCUGUCACAGCUUCUUUGCGUUUUGACGGAGCCCUCAAUGUCGAUCUAAACGAGUUCCAGACGAAUUUGGUGCCGUAUCCGCGCAUUCAUUUCCCUCUGACUUCGUUCUCGCCGAUUAUAUCGGCGGAGAAGGCCUACCACGAAACGCUGAACGUUUCCGAGAUCACAUUCUCCUGUUUCGAGCCGAGAAACCAAAUGGUCAAGUGCGAUCCCAGGCAGGGAAAGUACAUGGCUUGCUGCAUGCUUUAUCGCGGAGAUGUCGUUCCUAAGGAUGUGAACACGGCAAUUGCGGCCAUAAAGAUGAAACAGUAUAUUCAAUUUGUUGACUGGUGUCCAACUGGAUUUAAAGUUGGCAUUAAUAAUCAACCACCCGUUGUUGUCCCGGGUGGUGACUUGGCCAAGGUACCGCGUACUCUAUGUAUGCUGAGUAAUACGACAGCCAUUGCCGAAGCCUGGACCCGGCUCGACCACAAGUUUGAUUUAAUGUUUUCGAAGCGUGCCUUUGUCCACUGGUAUGUCGGCGAAGGUAUGGAAGAGGGAGAAUUUUCCGAGGCAAGAGAAAAUAUGGCUAUGCUUGAAAAAGAUUAUGAAGAAAUGGUUGAAGGUGACUCAAAUGAAACUGCUACAGAUUUCUAA